AGUCCUCUGAAUGAAAAUGUGCUGCUUACCUGAAUCCCAGCUUCUCCUUUACACUCAGAACUCUGAAGGAUGCUAGCAGAGAAGAAGCAAAUGAAUCUGAAAGCUCACCUGCAGCUCAGAAAAAUAAAGACAUGGAGUUUUGAGAAGUGAAGGUAGCAUGGUGUUAGCCAUGGGUGAUCAAGACACAGCCAGAUAAUGUGGAUCAGUUUUUAUAAACUCCGGUUUUUCUGCUGUCUGCUUGCAGUGUUGACGGUGGUGGUGCUGGUCAUCAAUGUUACUCAGGUAGAGUAUUUGGACCGUGAGACUGUCUCCGCCACAUUCAUUGACAGCAGCGGACAGUUGGUUUCCUCUCAGGUGAUAGGAACUGGCCGGAAUCCUUACUGCGGCUACGAACAUCAGACUCUGUCCAGCCAGGAGCGCGUGGAGGAGGACUCCUUGCUGACCGCCUUACAGUGGCAGAUACCUGACGUGGGCCCUGUCCCCUUUUCGAAGAGCAGUGACCCUUCUUCCAGCUACUUUGUCAUCUUGAACUCUGCAGACUUCUUCAAGGUGGGAAGCCAGCUAGAGGUGCUGGUUCAUGUACAGGAUUUUCAAAGGCAGCCCAAGAAGUAUGGUGGAGACUACCUGCAGGCCAGAAUCCACUCCCCUAAGCUGCAGGCAGGGGCUGUGGGCAGAGUGGUGGACUACCAGAAUGGGUUUUACAAGGUCUUCUUUACUCUGCUCUGGCCAGGCAAAGUUCAAGUAUCCGUAUCUCUGGUCCACCCCAGUGAAGGGAUCAGAGUUCUUCAGCACCUCCAGGAAGAGAAACCAGACAGGGUCUAUUUCAAGAGUCUCUUUCGUUCAGGAAGAAUUUCUGAAACUACUGAGUGCAACGUGUGUCUUCCUAGGAUCCUGCCCCUGUGUAACUUUACAGAUCUGUACACCGGGGAGCCCUGGUUCUGCUUCAGACCCAAGAAGCUCCCUUGCAGCACCAGAAUCAACCAUUUCAAAGGUGGCUACCAGAAGGGCCUCCUGACCGCUGCAGAGAGUGCUUUCUUCCAGAGUGGUGUCAAUAUCAAAAUGCCAAUCAACUCCAGCGGACCUGAUUGGGUGACUGUAAUUCCCAGAAGAAUAAAAGAAUCUAACAACCUACAACUAUCUCAAGGCUCAGGAACUUUUCCUUCGGGGCAUUAUUACAAAGAUCAGUGGAAGCCUAGAAACUUUAAGAUACGCCAGUUUAAUGACCCUGACAACAUUACUGAAUGCUUACAAAGAAAAGUGGUGUAUUUAUUUGGUGACUCAACAAUCAGGCAGUGGUUUGAAUACCUAACUACAUUUGUUCCAGAUUUAGUGGAGUUUAACUUGGGUAGUCCCAAGAACGUGGGUCCCUUCCUUGCGGUGGACCAAAAGCACAGCAUCCUGCUCAAGUACCGCUGCCACGGUCCACCCAUCCGCUUCACCACUGUCUUCAGUAGUGAGCUCCAUUAUGUGGCCAAUGAGCUGAAUGGUAUUGUGGGAGGGAAGAACACCGUGGUGGCCAUAGCUGUGUGGUCUCAUUUCAGCACCUUCCCCUUGGAAGUGUAUAUCCGGCGGCUCAGGAACAUCCGUCGAGCAGUGGUCCAGCUCUUGGAUCGAAGCCCUAAGACCGUGGUAGUUAUCCGGACAGCCAACGUCCAAGAGCUGGGGCCUGAGACGAGCCUUUUCAGCAGUGACUGGUACAACUUUCAGCUGGACACCGUCCUUCGGAAGAUGUUCUCAGGGAUUGGAGUAUAUCUCGUUGAUGCCUGGGAGAUGACCCUAGCCCAUUAUCUACCCCACAAGCUACAUCCGGAUGAAGUUAUUGUGAAGAACCAACUAGACAUGUUCUUGUCCUUUGUGUGCCCCGUGGAGACCUAGCCUGCCUGAAGAGGACUGGAGGAAUUACUUUCAGUGACCUUUUCCAUCACCUGCAUUACAGAAAGUUGGUGGAUGUCCCUGUGGAGAUAUGGCCAUCAUUGAUGUGUAAAAAAAAUAAAUAAAUUAAAAGCUGGUCUUUAUAUAAUGACUUAUGAAGAGCUUAGAAAACACAGGUUACAUUAUAUCUAUGUAUAGGAUAUUUUCCAGUCUUGACUUAGUUACAGAGAACCAUUAACAGCAUCCACACACUGUUUGCUCUUUUAACCAAAGAUGCAAAUAAGUGUGUUUUAACUAGGUUCUCCUGGGAGAGGAGAUUACUGUGCUAAAAAGUGUGAAAAAUGUUCUGAUCUAAAUGGAAGGAACAGUGGAGUAUUUGUAGCUUAUCUGGCAAAAGAGAUUGAGCACAUCAGCACGAACGGCACAGUUGGUCCAUCUUCAGCAGGGCGAACUAACCACGCUUAUAAUCAGUGGCUCCUGUAACACACUGAGGACUCCCGUGUCUCAGAGUUUCUCUUGAUAAUCUACUUUUUCUGAAUUACUUGAAAUGACCAGUGUCCUUGCUCAGAAUUUUUAGUGAAAUAUUUACAAUGUCCUGUUUUUAUUUAGAAAAGAAUCGAAGGGGAGCUAUGAAAACAGUAUGCAUAAAAUCUUUGUGUUCAGUUGAUAUUUGCAUGAGGUGAUUGUUACUUAUUUAAUUCAGCUAAACUUUACAUUAUGAAUACUUAUGCUAAAAUAACUGCUUUUGGAACUGGAAAGGUGAAGUCUGUAAACAGAAACGAAUUUUUAUGUUUUGAAAUUUGAGGGUUUUAAGAAUUGACUUUUAUGUAUAGAGUGCUAUUGUUUAUU